AAAUGGCCAAACGAAUUGCUGAGAAGGAGCUGACGGACAGGAAUUGGGAUCAAGAAGAUGAAGCAGAAGAGGUGGGAACGUUCUCAGUGGCCAGUGAAGAAGUCUUGAAGAAUAGAGCCAUCAAAAAGGCAAAACGGAGAAGCGUUGGAUUUGAAUCUGACAGUGGAGGGGCUUUUAAAGGUUUUAAAGGUUUGGUCACAGCUCCUGGAGGAGGGAGCGGGUUUUCUGGCUUUGGGAAUCUCUCAGGCGUGAAGCCGUUGGGACUAUCCAAUGGAAACAGUGUGGCCAGCACCGCCGUCUUCACCAGCACAAAGGCAGCAGCAGAGACCAAGGCCAACUUUGGUUCUGUGACUUCCAAUGGCCCCAGCUCUUUGGUGGAGGCCAAGAUGUCCAAUUCCAAGGCGAACGGCAGCAGUCCGCAGCCCUCGUCAGGCUUCUCAGCCAGCGCUGUGUGCCCCAGGAGCGCCUAUCACAAACAGUUAGCGGCCCUGAACUGCUCCGUCCGAGACUGGAUCGCCAAGCACGUGAACACCAACCCACUCUGUGACCUGACACCCAUCUUCAAAGACUACGAGCAGCACCUCGCUAGCAUCGAGCAGCGCCAUGGCCCCGGGGGCAGUGGCAGUAGACCAGAAGCGCAGCCGCCACCGCUGUGUGGGCCUGCCAAGUUACAGCAGGAAUCACCUUUCCUGUUGUCUGGCAAUAAGACUGAGGCUCCGUCUGAGAAGGCAACUGAGAUUGGGUCUGAGACAAAGACAGACCCUGCCCUGGGAACCACAAGUGCCUCAUUCAGCUUCGGCAAGAAAGUAAACAGCGCGGUCUUGGGUUCACUGAGCUCUGGGUCCCUGACUGGGUUCUCAUUCCCCUCUGGAAAUACCAGCUUGUUUGGCAAAGAUGCUGCCCAGAGCACACCAGGGGACUCGCCCUUCGCCACCAAGGCGCCCGAGAGCCAGGCAGAAGGCAGCAACGAGUGUAAAGGUGGAGAUGAAGAGAGUGACGAGCCACCUAAAGUAGUAGUCACUGAAGUCAAGGAAGACGAUGCUUUUUAUUCUAAAAAGUGCAAACUGUUUUACAAGAAGGACAAUGAGUUUAAAGAGAAGGGUGUAGGCACGCUGCACCUAAAGCCCACCACAAACCACAAGACCCAGCUUCUCGUGCGGGCAGACACUAACCUAGGCAACAUACUGCUGAAUGUCCUGGUAUCGCCCAGUAUGCCCUGCUCCCGGACCGGCAAGAACAACGUGCUGAUUGUCUGCGUUCCAAAUCCACCUAUCGAUGAGAAGAACGCCACUGUCCCCGUGCCCAUGUUAAUUCGGGUCAAAACCAGUGAGGAUGCUGAUGAGCUGCACAAGAUUUUGCUGGAAAGAAAGGAAGAAGAAGCAUGAGGCUGCCAGGAAUGGGUGCCACACCACCGCUCCCUCGCCUGCCACUGUGGGCAUUCUGUUCUCCUCUCUGCUUUGACGUUCUAAGAACUUCGAGAUACGUAAAACGUCAGUGAGGAAAACAAGUAUGGCCAAUAAAACCUUUGAAUGUUAAGUGUCAAGAAACUGUAUUCGCCCUUCUUAGGAACUGUCCAGCGAGGACCAUGUUUUUGGACAAAGCCUUUUGGAAGAUUUUUUUAAGUUCAUUUAUUUCCUUAACCGGAAGUGAUUACUUAGCGGACUGCAAUCAGGGUAGCAAUGUGAUUUCCCAAAGGCUUCCCUCAGUGGCCACCCUUUGUGCCCGCUGACUGGGCCCCCAGCAGUGUUCUUCCCCGGGCGCCUUUCCCACCAGGUGACAGCGUUGGGCUUGCUUUGCUGUGAUUCCUGAAGAGUUUAUUCUGGCCAAUCAGCCUGUUUUGUGUGUACAGACCGUGGUCUUUGGCCCUCUGGGUGGCUAUUCGUGUGAACUGCCAGGAGCAGGUUGGGGCGGGGCCCUGUGUGUUUGGGGUUUAUGGUUAUCUCUUGCGUGCCGCUCCUGGGUUCCCCAAAAGGCAGUUGGGAUCAAGGGGGAUUGACCAGAAAUUGGUUUUUAAAGCACAGUGUCAAGUGGGUGCCUUCCGGAGAGGGAAGUGUAAACCCUUGUAGGAAGUUCAGGCAGAUAGACAGGUGGGUGUUCUCAGUGGUCCCCUGGACGGAUGCAGAUAGACAGGUGGGUGUUCUCAGUGGUCCCCUGGACGGACACUUGUGUUCCUGGGUGACGUCCGGGGGAGCCUCGUGCAUCCUUGCCCUGUGUGUGCACCUGGAGACGCCAGGAGAUGACGGAAAGCUGUGUGUGACUUUGCUUUGCCUUUAACUUGAGACAGCAGUACAUUUAACCUGCAGUGUCCUUUUUACUUUCUGAAGGGUCAGGUAUGUCUGCAUCCUUUCCCAGGGAACUAGGGUCAGUUGAGUGCAGGAACACACCUGUCUUGUCAGGCCAGGGCAGUCCUCUUUGCACCUUCUCAAGCCCUCUGGCAUGAGGAUUUGGUGCACAUUUGACGUGACAUCCGUAGUUGCUCAUUUCCUCUUGUCGAUCACCUUCCGUGAUCCAGGCUUGGGUCUGGGCCGGGCCUGGCUCCUACACUCUGGUCUCUGAGCCAUUGCAGAGUUUGGCUUGGAAACAUGAGUCAGUGGAGUGACUGGAUGGUACUGUUGCUGUGAAAAUGACGUGUUGCCAUCGAGUGUAAGGUGUGGGCAACCCAUUUCAAAGCUAAGUACUUGAACACUGAGAGGCCUGAGGUGAGGUGCCAGCCAGUGGUCCGGAUGUGCUCCCCACUUCAUUCCGGAUGCCCUCGGGGGUGAGGCCCCACUGUGACUGGCUGGCCAAAGGCUAGGGUGCAUAGGCAUUCCUGCGUGCAGUGCGAAAGCCCCAGAGGCCUGCUUGCCCACCUGUUAGACCAGCCGGUGGUGGUGGUAGGACCCAGCCCCACUGGGGCAAUUGGGUUCAGUGGCUAGAAGGGCAGGCAGGACUCCGUCUGGUGCCUGAUGACCACCCCCGGUGCUCUGCAGUGGUGGCCAGAAUGUCCUGAAAAGAGCAGGAAGAAGUGGUCUCAUAAGUCGGAAUAAAUGAGUGGGUGGGUGUGACCUUCCAUUUCUCCUCCAACAUUCCCAGCAAUGUUCUGCUGCUAAAAGACUGUCACUGUUCGUGAAAAUUACAGGGAAAAUGUGCUUUGUCCCAUGGCUCCAAAUGGGACGUCUCCUCAGUCAAAGCCCUUUCUACUCUGGAGCCUUGCUGGUCUGUGGCUCAGAAUCGUGAUAUCCUCCGCUCUGGGGGUGACGUGGCAGGGAGCUGCCCCUGUCCCGGGCUGGCCGAGCUGUUCUUUUCUUAACUCUUUGGUCUUUCCUGCUAAACCCUGACCCCUGGUCCUUUUAGUUGGCUGUUUAUCUUGGAAAGGAAGCUUUACAACAGACGCUUAAAUGAGGGAACCUGGGCACCUGUACCCUCUCCAUGACCCAACUCAGAGUGUCAGGAUGUCUCUGGUCUUGUUCUCCAAUCGAUCUGGUUGUUCUGCACCUGUCUUCACAGGUGCCCGCUGUCCACAGAGCUGCCUCUGCUGUGAGAACAGCCGGCUAAAAGCAAGUGUCCCGUCCCCGAGGCCAAGGGAGCUGCUUUCCACAGGAGGGCCAGCCUGGCUGCUUACGCACGGACCUACUUUCUAUAAAGGGCGGUUUUACAACUUCCUUGUAAAUCAUAUUUUCCAUAUGCUGCAUGCCAAAAAGAAAAGCAACAAACCACCCUACCUGUUCUGGGGUCCAGGAGAAGAAAACCUGGCAUAUUCCCUGGACUCUUCCGACCAUGGCCUUCACAGAGAAAGCCUCUGCUUCAAGGCAAACAAGCUGAGCUCUGUUUGUGGCUUUGCUGUUGAAACAUGUUAGCAACUGUUAGAUCUGGAAGCUUUGCAAACAAAAGGCUCUGGCGCUGCCUGCCUGCCCCCGUCCCAUUUCUCAAAUGCUGGAAGUGGGUCUCUUAAAGAGGGGGUGUGCCCCCUGGGGCCAGGAGGUGGCCUCCACAGCCAGUCCCUGGUUAAGCCGGGGACAGAGGACCACCUCAUGCCGGCACCUCCCCCCACAAUCAAAUGGAGAAACUUUUCUUUUUAUUUCAAAUAUGAAAUUAUUUUCUAAAACAAGCUACUUGAACUGUGCAGCAGUGUAAUCUCAAUCUGUACGAGUGUGUGGCUGCCCUGCUGGGGACGUGUCACAGCCCAUGAAAUGUGAAUAAAGGACAUAAACAACCUGA